AUGACGGCCGCGGGCCACGACUUCGGCGUCGGGCUGCUGGCGCUCUACAUGUGCAAGUCGCUGCUGCAGUGGUACGGCCUCCUGGAGAUGCCCGUGCUCCUGGAGCCGCCGGCCGCUACAUCGUCGAAUGAGUGCCGCGCCGUCAAACUCACCAAACUCACCUCCCUCUCUCUCUCUUUCGCAGACGACGCCGCGCCGCUGGACCUGAAGGGCGGCGCCAUGGAGCCGGGCUCCAGCAAGCGCAAGCGCACCGCCUUCACCAGCACGCAGCUGCUGGAGCUGGAGAGGCAGUUCGCGUCCACCAUGUACCUGACCAGGAUGCAGCGCAUCCAGAUCGCCACGGCGCUGCGGCUCAGCGAGAACCAGGUCAAGAUCUGGUUCCAGAACAGGCGCGUCAAGCGCAAGAAGGAGGAGGAGGGCGAGGGCGUCGGCCACGCCGGCCACGGCCACGCCGACAAGUGCUGCUGCCUGCGCAGCUGCGGCGCCGCCAAGAAGCCCAAGGUGGCGGACUCGGAGGCCCCCGGCGCCCUCGCCGACGUCCGUCGAGAUCCUAGGCUAGCUACUGUUAAUUGUUUAAGACUGUACAUAGAGUAUGAAUUGUUUUGCACCGAGUCAUAG